GUGACUGUCAAAACUAUCUUUCGUCACUCUCUUUGCAAACUCUCCUCGGUCAUAUCGCCCCCUUCAUAUUUAGUUUAGUUUAGUUUCUCAUCUCUUUCUCUUUCUCACCGCCCCCAAAUCUAUACAAUUUCUUUCUCCUCCCCCACCCCAUUGCAAUUCAACAACAAUGGCUUCUUCUUUCACUCUUAAUUGCCCCAAAACAUCCGCUUUAUUGCCUCCUCCUCACCCAACCCCUAACCAAAACUCCAAGCACCGUAGCAGCAGCACCUCUGCUGUUGUCUUCCAAUCGGAUUUCAAAUCCAACCGCGCAUUGAUUGCCGGAUCCUCUUCUCUAGGGUUUCAGUCAUCUAAGAGGAACCAGAAUGAUGUCUUGCGAGUGUCUGCUCAGCUUAACGAGAUUGCCCUUGAGAAAUCAUCAAAUUCCACACCAGCUACAAAGAAGGCUGAGGAAUCUAUCAAGACACCCGAGACCACAGUCCCUGAUGCUGCAACAAUCACUGCAUUUAUGAAUCAAGUGGCAGGGCUUGUACAACUUGUGGAUUCAAGAGAUAUUAUGGAGCUUGAGUUGAAACAACAUAACUGUGAGGUCCUUAUCAGAAAAAAAGAAGCUUUGCCUCAACCACCAGCUGCCCCUAUGGUGAUGAUGCAAUCUCCACAACCUCAGGCUAUGUAUCAAUCACUACCACCUCCACCACAGUAUGCACCCGCUUCUUCAGCGCCAGCUCCUUCUGCAUCUGCACCCGCACCACCCUCACCUACCCCUGCAAAACCAAAGUCCUCUCAUCCUCCAAUGAAAUGCCCCAUGGCUGGAACAUUCUACCGGUCUCCCGCUCCAGGAGCUCCAGCAUUUGUCAAGGUUGGAGACAAGGUUCAGAAAGGCCAGGUUAUUUGCAUUAUUGAGGCCAUGAAGUUGAUGAAUGAGAUUGAGGCUGAUCAAUCUGGAACAAUAGUUGAUAUUCUUGCUGAGGAUGGAAAACCUGUUAGCCUGGAUACGCCUCUGCUUGUUAUUGAACCAUGAUGAGGAGCAUGAAAGGAGUCGAUACAAAUCAACUUGAGCCUUUUUAGUAGACUUUUGUUUGUCGAGUAAUUCUUACUUUUUGUGUGGGUGGUUUUACUGUAAUUUUGUUUGUUCACCUUCUGUUUAAUGAGUACAAUUGCUGAUUGAGUGUAUAAUUGAGUAAAAUAAUCUAGUUGGAUUGCUGUUUUUGGUAAGCUUCAUUUAA